AUGCUCGUCAACGCUAUCCUCCCCCUCGUCCUCCUCAACUCCCUCGCCUUUGCCCUACCCUCAUCUCCCAACGCCGACGCAGAAUUUCGGAGAAUUGCCAAGCGAGCCCUUGCUCUCCGUCUCGUCAAAGACAUAGAGGAGCAGACACGGGACGGUGGAAAGGUGGAUCUGGAUACUUUGCUCUCGCCGCAAGAAAGGCAGUUGCUGGGUGGUGGCGAUGAAUAUGCGCCAUAUCAGGUGCCAUGUCCGACCGGUUGGAACUGGGUCCGAUCAGCAGAUUCUCUUGGAGUUGGAGAGCAAGCGUACUUGGCUCAACGCAAACCCUACCUCAAUCCUGCGAUCAACAAACAGCUCGCACGAGUCGGCCUGCCUCAGCCGAACCGGACACCGGUCAUAGGCUUCGCUCUGAGCGGAGGUGGGUACCGGGCUAUGCAGGUCGGAUCUGGUGGUGUGAUGGCGACGAUGAACCAGUCCUCCGAGGCGGCUGCGAGUGGGAUUGGAGGAUGGUACGAAGGCGUUACCUAUCAGGCAGGUCUGAGCGGAGGAAGUUGGGCUACUACGACGAUGAUGGCGAACAACGGCAGGCUGCCGACGGAACUCAUCAACGAUGUGUGGAACCUUGAGUCCAACUUGGUCAUACCCGACGAUGGCAAAUUGUCCUUCUAUUACAACAUGGUAUCGAAUGUCAGGGCCAAGGCGAAUGCUGGGUUUGCGACGCAAAUCACGGACUACUGGUCACUCGCGCUCGGAGACCACCUUCUCCCAUCUCAAUACCAUCUCGGCAACUCGCCAAACUAUACCAUCGCUCAGCUCCCUUCCAAAGUGCCGGGCUUGGCCAACGGGAGUCUGCCCAUGCCUAUCAUCAUUGCAGCCGAGCGUGAGCUGAAUGAGAUCGUCAUCCCGGGCAACGCUUCCGUCUACGAGAUGACGCCUUAUGAGUUCGGUUCAUGGGCAUUCGGGAGUCAGCGCAAAGUCCGGGGAGCGUUCACUCCGAUCGAGUACCUUGGGAGUUCCCUCAACAACGGGCAGCUCAACGGCUCCUGCUACAAGGGGUUUGAUCAGCUGUCCUUCGCCGCUGGUACUUCGUCUACCCUUUUCUCUGGCGCCCUUCUUACCCUCACCGCAUCCAAUGCCUCUAGCAUCAUCGUCGACGCCAUCGAGUCGAUCUUGAAGGACAUUGGGGAGCAGGACAACGAUGUCGCUCUGUUCCCGAACUCCUUCGCGAACUGGAAUCCCGAUACCAACCCUAUCGCGGACUUCCCUUACAUCACCCUCGUCGAUGCUGGCCUGACCAACCAAAAUAUCCCCAUUGAACCCCUCCUCAUCCCCUACCGCAACGUCGACGCCAUCAUUGCCUUUGACUCUUCCGCCGACACCACCUACUCGUGGCCGAACGGUACUGCCCUGCGGCAGACUUUCGAGCGAGCGGAGAUUCUCGCCCAGACGCAGGAUGUCUCCAUCCGCAUGCCCAAGAUUCCCAGUGCCAAUGGGUUCAUCAACGGCGGCUUCAACCAACGUCCAACAAUCUUUGGUUGUGAUGCGCAGAACGGGUCGACACCCCUCAUCGUCUAUGUUCCCAAUUAUCCUUGGUCAUACUAUGGCAACACGUCUACCUACCAACUCGCAUACGAGAAGGAUGAGUCUACCAAGGUUGUCCUGAACGGUCUUCGAUCUCUCUCGCUCAACGGCACCGUCUCAUCCUGGCCCAAGUGUCUCGCCUGUGCCAUGGCCGACCGGGCAUACAACACCCGCCCAGCGGACUGCCAAUCAUGCUUCGACACCUGGUGCUGGGACGGUACGGACAACACGACCACUCCCAGCUCGGAAUAUGAGCCCGUCGUCGGGACACUACCGAGCUUCAUCUCGUCCCGGAAUCUGGGGUCCGCGGGGGCCGCGGUAGGCGCUAGCAAUGCGGUAGCUGCGCAGAGCAGCUCGCCGGCUGCUUCGGCGUCGGUGUCGGCGAGUCAGGGAGCGGCGCAGGCGAUGACAUCGAGCGGGAUGCUCGGAUGGGGAGGAGCGAUCGUGGGCGUGAUGGUCGGCGUGAUCUCGGGCGCGGUGGCAGUGGCGAUCUAG